AUGUCCUCUUCACACGCCUCUCUAGAUGCUGCGGCGACCGAACGAAAAGCAAGACUUGCGAAGCUUGCAGCAUUGAAACGAAAGCAACCAGAGCCAGAGACGUUGAGUGAGGCUCGAGCUACGGAGGAAGAAAUCGGAGACGCGGUACCAUCAGUUACGACAACUUAUAUAUCAGGUCGCAACUAUGACCCGGAGACUCGCGGGCCGAAACUUGGGUUCGAGCAAGCACCAAUCGAUGGGCAAGUGACAUUAGAAUCCCAGGCGGCCGAAAUCGCCAGAGAGACUGCAGAAGAGGCGAAGAAAUCAGAUGAAGCAGAUCAGCCGAUUGAUCUGUUUAAGCUACAGCCGAAAAAACCGAAUUGGGAUCUGAAGAGAGAUCUGGACGAGAAGAUGAAGAUUCUCAACGUACGGACAGAGAACGCAAUUGCGAGGCUUGUGCGCCAGCGGAUAGAGAAUGCACAACGGAUUGCAAGGGAGAAGGGUGCGCCUAUGAAUGGAGAUGACCAAGGAGAGGAGGUCGGCAUUGAAGGCGAAACACUGGUUGAGGGAAUUCAUGUCCGUGAAAGAGAAGAGGCCGAAGAAGAACGACGAGAAAAAGAAGAGGAAGAAAUGAUUUGA